AUGGAACUUUCGUUCUCCCAAAUACGACCUGAGUUGAGCAUGAAGCCCUCUCUCAGCCCCAACACUUCCAACACCUCCCUUAACCUGCUUUUCUCCAAGAUUGAAAACUCGCCGCUAACUUCCCUUACUUCGUUUACCUCGUCUACAACUCCAGCAACGUCUCCAGUUUAUGAUGUUCCGCGUGCUGAGGAUGUUUCGUCGCUUUUACGUAAAAGAGUCGAGUCCAAGACGUUGGUGAUGCUUGUGGGUUUGCCUGCUUCUGGUAAAUCUACUGUUUGCAAGCAGUUGUCGUCGUUUUUGCAAUCCAACGACUACAAGUGCCUGAUCUACAACGCUGGUAACGUGAGGAGACUGCUUCGCAGAACCUUCUCUGAUGCUGACUUCUUCAACCCAGAUAACGCUGCUGCCCAAGAACAAAGGGAGCAGUUUGCCGCUAUCGCUAUGGAACAAAUGCUUGAGGACUUCAGAAACAACAGAAUCAACGUUGGGUUCUUGGAUGCCACGAAUACUACGCGCAGACGUAGAGACAAGAUGCUUGAUAUCGUUAGAAACUGUGAUGUUUCUUUCUCCAACGUGAUUGUCUUGGACAUCUCGUGCACUGACGAGCGUCUUUUGGCGUACAAUGUCAACGGCAAGACUGCCAAUGGCGACUACUCUGGUCGUUCUGUGGCAGAGGCUAUUGCUGACUUUAAGCAAAGGUCUUCUCAUUACUACAAGGUGUACGAGGCCAUUAGUCCACAAGAGUUGGAUCAAGCUAGCGACGUGAUCUCCACGUAUAUCAGCAUCCAGAACGCCAAAAACACAAACAGCUACAGCAUCGUUUCCAAGAAACUGAGUGACGAGGUUGAAGAUUUGUUUACGUCAUUCGCUGGUAACUACUACAAAAUGCAUGGCGAGAGGUAUCACGCCGCCGUGGACUCGUUCUACAAAAUAUCACAACAAGCAUAA